CUAGAAGCUUGCGACUGCAACCGCUUUCGGAAUGCCUCAGCUGUGCACCCGCGAAACGCGGCAAAUGCAGCAUUCCUGCAGUUGCAUGAGUGACUUCAACGUGCGCACAGUGACGAAUGCUUGCUUCGUGUCAAUCAUGGCGGCGACCGAGCUUGUACAAAUCGAGGAUGGAACUGUUCAGGAGAAACUACUGACACGAAUGGCGUUGGAGUUUACUAACAUUAGCUUCAAGGGAGAGCUGAAGGGUGAUAAGCGUAAGAUCAUUCUGGACAACGUUUCCGGUCGCUUUUCACCGGGACGGUUGACGGCGAUAUUGGGGCCUUCCGGGGCGGGAAAAUCUUCCCUGCUUAACAUCUUAUCUGGAUUCAAAAAACAUGGCGUUAUCGGUUCCGUCAUGGUAAACGGUGAGACACUUAGCGACGAAGCCUUCCGAAACAAGUGCGUCUACAUUCCACAGGACUUCGAUUUGCUGGAACUUCUGACGGUGAUGGAGAUUCUGGAUUACGCGGCCGAAUUGAAAAUGACCAACUCCAGUUCUCGGAUGGUACGUAAGAAGAAGGUAAACGACAUCCUCGACGUGCUGGGUCUAAGGCGCAGCAUGGCAACACUGGUGAAAAACUUGUCCGGAGGAGAGAAAAAACGACUAUCGAUUGGAAUGGAAUUAAUCACUAAUCCGCCAAUCAUUCUGCUAGACGAGCCAACCAGUGGAUUGGAUAGUGUUUCCGCACUUCAAUUAGUUAGCUAUAUCAAGUCGCUUGCCGAGGAAGGACGUACGAUUGUUAGUGUGAUUCAUCAACCGGCAUCCAGUUUAUUUAAACACUUUGAUGACUUAUUUUUGCUGUCCGCUGGCAAGUGUAUCUACAGUGGUCCGAUUGACGGGAUGGUUAGUAGCUUUGCUGAAGCAGGAUUCCAUUGUCCCAAGUACUAUAAUCGGGCUGAUUUCGCCCUGGAAGUUGCCUCAAUGCUGAACAGCCCUGGACUCGAACUGCUUGCUCUGAAAUACAACAAUUCCGAUGCGUACGUAAGAACAUCCAUGGACGGUGAAUUUAGCGGGAGAAACAAUAUUGGAACACCUUACCGAAACACUUGUCUAGCGGUAAAAUCUCGACGAAAAUAUGCCGUUCCGCAGUGGAAGCAAUUCGAAAUUCUCCUGAGUCGAUCGCUGCGCUCCACCAUAAGAGAUUUUUUCUUCGCCCAACUUCGAGUGAUCGCUCAUGUAAUCGUAGGUUUCCUGUUGGGCAUCGUCUUCUACAAUGCCGGAAAGGACGCUUCCUCCGUUAUGACAAACACUGCCGGUAUCUUUUUCUUCCACAUCUUCAUAUUUUACGGUAACUCCAUGCCCUGCACAAUAACGUUCCCCCAGGAAACCAAAGUAUUCGUUCGCGAACACCUCAACAACUGGUACUCACUGGAAGCCUACUAUCUAUCGAAGAUUUUCGCCGAUCUGCCCCUACAGUUCAUCUGUCCAACCCUGUUCGUGCUGAUUUCCUACUACCUAACCGGGCAACCGUUGGAACCGUUCCGCUUCGCAAUGUUCUGGACCAUGUGCCUGCUGUUAGGAAUUUUCGCUCAAACGGUAGGCCUACUAUCUGGAGCGGCCUUCGACAUCCAGAUGGCGACGUUCUUCGUGCCGUGCCUGAGCAUUCCGGCGCUACUGUUUUCCGGGUUCUUCGUUAAGUCUUACGAAAUGUUGGAGUUUCUACGGCCUCUGUCGUACGUGUCGUUUUUUCGCUACAGCAUGCAGGGAUCGAUGCAGGCUAUUUACGGCUACAACCGGACGGAUUUCCCGUGCUCUCAGAUCAUGUGCUACUACAAUCGACCGGGAAAAUAUCUCAAGUUUAUGGAUACACCGGAGGAGGGAAUUGAGCUGAACAUGGCUGCGCUAGUGGGUUUCAUUGUACUGUUUCAGGUUUUAUUGUACAUUUCGUUGCGACGGCGGUUGAAAAUAUUUCAGUGACUGCACUUGCUGAUGAAUAAAGUCUGUGCUAAUAAACAA